CAACAUGGCGGCCUCCGCACAGCACGUUGGACCCACUGCUGAGGAGGCAGACCCACCUGAAUGUAACCGAACAGAACCGAAUAAAGACCCCGGAACAUCCGAAUCAGAGUCGGAACGACUGGAGGAAGAUGCGGAGGAGGAAGAGGAGCCUCCCGGCCCGAAGCUCCGGGAAACCCCACAGGACAUCCAGCUGGAGGCCAUCGCCAACACGGUGGCUCUGCACCCCAGCAGGGACAUCUUGGUGUGCGGGGACGUGGACGGGGAUGUGUACGCCUUCUCCUACUCCUGUAUGGAGGGAGAGAACCGGGAGCUGUGGUCGUCCGGACACCACCUGAAGUCCUGCCGCCAGGUGCGCAUCUCGGCGGACGGGCUGAAGCUGUACAGCGUGUCCCGCGACAGGGCCGUCCACCUGCUGGACAUGGAGCGGGGGCAGCUGGUGUCCCGAUCCGGGGGCCACGGGGCUCCCAUCAACAGCCUGCUGGUGGACGAAAACAUGCUGGCCACCGGAGACGAUGGAGGCACCCUGAAGGUGUGGGAUAUGAGGAAGGGAACAGCCAUCAUGGAGAUGAAAAACCAUGAGGAUUAUAUCAGCGACAUAACUGUGGACCAGAACAAGAGGAUUCUGCUCACUGCCAGUGGGGACGGCACCAUGGGCGUCUUCAACCUGAAGCGGCGGCGCUUUGAGCUGCUGUCGGAGUACCAGAGCGGCGAUCUGACCUCGGUGGCGGUGAUGAAGCGAGGGAAGAAGGUGGUCUGCGGCUCCAGCGAGGGAACCGUUUACAUCUUCAACUGGAACGGCUUCGGCGCCACCAGCGACCGCUUCGCUCUGAAGGCGGAGUCGGUGGACUGCAUCGCGCCCAUUACAGAAAACAUCAUGUGCACGGCGUCCAUGGACGGAUACAUCCGAGCCAUCAACCUUCUGCCCAACCGGGUCAUCGGAUGCAUCGGGCAGCACGUUGGCGAACCCGUCGAAGAGAUCGCCAAGUCCUGGGACUCCCGCUUCCUGGUCAGCUGUGCCCACGACCAGCUCAUCAAGUUCUGGGACAUUUCUGGUUUGCCCAAACUGAGCGUGGACGAAUACCGCAAGAGGAAGAAGAAAGGCGGGCGGAUGAAGUCGCUCACCAAGAAGGCCCUCGGCGACAAUGACUUCUUCUCUGGACUUGUGGAGGAAACUGAGAAAAAAGAAGAAGAAGAAGAACAGGAGGAAGGUGAUGACAGUGACAGCGACAGUGGGAGUGACUGAAACUCCCACUGCUUCAUACUACAAGAUGCUUCCUGUAGCUGUUUAAUUCUGUGAAGACGGACCACGUUAUAUAAUGUUUCUGCGCUGGCAGACAUUUUGUUCAGAGCGUGGAGAACUCAUGAGCUGCUGCUUUGGUUCAGUCCAAUAACUGAAUUAAAUGCUGGGAAAAGAAAUGACUUUAAACUUAAUAAAUAUCUCUGCCAGAUAUUUAUUAAGGUGACUCACGUUACGUUGUUCAACUCUGGUGAAUCUUCAUCUUGAAAACAUCAGUACCAGUGUUGACCUUUAUGCAAAAGAAAAUAACACUGCCGUUAUUCCAACAACCUCAGAGGAGUUUGUUUUAUUUUAUGUUAGAUAAUCAUAAAGUACUUCAUAACCAUAAAAUGGAAUUAAGAUUAUACAUGUUUUCCAAAAUAUUUUACCAAAUAAAUCUGAA